AUGCAGAAUUUGAAUUCCCGCUUGUCUGCCUAUAUGGAUAAGGUGGCGGCUUUAGAAGACUCCAAUGAAGAACUUGAGGAGAAAAUCAGAAACUGGUAUGAAACAAACAAACCUAAAGAUGUCGACAACAGCAAAUAUUACAAGACCAUUGAAGACCUCAAUGAUCAGAUCAGCGACGCUACUAAAGAUUACAACCAGCUGACUGUGGAGGUUGAGAAUGCCCGGCUUGCAGCUGACGACUUCAGAGGAAAGUACGAGAUGGAGUUAAACAUGCGCCAAGAAGUGGAAAUGGACAUUGAGGAGUUACGUAAAGCUCUGGAUGACCUGACUCUGGAAAAGGCUAGUCUUGAGGGUCAAGUUGAAGAUCUGACAGAAGAAAUUGCAUUGAACAAGAAGAAUCAUGAAGAGGCCAUGAAGGCCUUGCGAGGGCAAAAAAGUGAUGUCGUUGUCCAAGUAGACGCUGCUCCAGGCAUCAACAUCCUUAAAGUUCUAAAUGACAUAAGGUCUCAAUAUGAAGACAUGGCGGAAGAAAAUCGCAGAAAGGCUGAGGAAGAAUACAACCAAAAGCUGGCUGAACUGAACAAUGAGAUUUCUUAUAGCAGCGCAGAGGCUGAGAAUGGCAAGGCUGAGCUCGCUGAAUUAAGACGUACUGUGCAGACCAUGGAGAUAGACCUGCAGAGUCAACUUGCUAUGAAAUGUUCUCUGGAGAACGCGUUGGCUGAGACUCAGAUUCGCUAUGCUCGUCAGCUGGCUCAAAUUCAACAAAUGGUCUCCAACCUGGAGGAGCAACUAGCUCAAGUGCGUAGUGAAAUGGAGAACGAAUCCUGCAAGUACAAUCAACUUCUGGACAUCAAAACCAGGCUAGAAAGUGAGAUAGAAAUGUACCGCAGCCUGGUGGAUGGAGAAGGUGGUUCAAGCAGCGGUUCUGGCAGUGGCGGCAGCAGUUCAGCCAGAGUUUCCAGCAGAGUUUCCACCAGUGUUUCUGGAAGUGGCACCCCCAGUGGCUCCAGCAGUACCUCCAGAAGAGGCUUCAGCAAUGGCUCCAACAGUGGUUCUGGCAGUGGCUCCACCAGUGGGUUCAGCAGUGGCUCCAUCUCUGGCUCCGGCAGUGGGUUCAGCAGUGGCUCCACCAAUGGCUCUGGCAGUGGGUUCAGCAGUGGCUCCACCAGUGGCACCAUCAGGGGUUCCAGCAGUGGGUUCAGCAGUGGCUCCACCAGUGGCGCCACCAAGGGUUCCAGCAGUGGGUUCAGCAGUGGUUCCAGCAGUGGGUUAAGCAGUGGCUCCACCAGUGGCGCCACCAAGGGUUCCAGCAGUGGGUUCAGCAGUGGCUCCAGCAGUGGCAUCACCAGUGGUUCCAAUGGGUCAAGUUACGGCUCAAGUGGUGCUGAAAGAAGAUCUGAUUCACCAUCAGUGCCAGAACCUGCAAAAAGACGACUAGUGACCACACUCACUGAGGAGAGAGUGGACAGAAGACUAGUCACCACCAUGGGCCCCAAGAAGGCAUAA